GGCAAACUAUUGUUAAAACUUGUUGUAAACUACCCAUAUGAUUUCAAGCAAAAUAGCCAACUGAGCAUGAAUGAAAUCCAAGAUUUACCACCUUACCUUUAACACAAAAUCUAUUAAUAAUCUCAACCAAAUUUGUUUUUAUGUUAUAGAAAAAAGAGAGUCAAAUUGAGCAACUUCCAACUCAGGAGAAAAACACAGAAAUCGGUUUUAAUUUGACCCUUCAUUAAGAAUCGUUCUCACAAGUUAAGGCGACCGGUUACAUCCGGUAAGGGACCGGAUGUAGUGCCUGCAAGGACAUACUGAAUAUCUGAUUGAGUUUUUCAAUGCGUUUUACAGUUGUUCUCUGCACAUUUUGACAAAGUGGGUUCUUUUCGAAUGCUGCCAUCCACAUGGGUUUUCAGGCAUUUUUCGUUUUGAUAUAAUCUGCAAGAUUUUAUCUCAAAGGAUCAAUCAGAAGUUUCUCAGGAGCCGUGUAUUCCUCCUCUGGAUUGCAUAUGCAAUGUCUACUUCAUCUGCUUCUUCGUCUGUGAAGAGGCAUUGGUGGCUAAGCAACAGAAUGCUUGCAGAGAAGCAUGUAAGGAAAGCUCGACUUUUACUUCAAAGCCAAGAAUCAGCUGAUGUCUUUUCAGCAAUAAAUCUCCUUGAUGCUGCUCUCAAACUGUGGCCCAGAUGUGAGAAGGCAUUGGAGCUUAAAGCCAGGGCACUCUUAUAUCUUCGUAGAUUCAAAGAUGUUGCAAACAUGUUGGAGGAGAAUAUCCCUAGCAGAGAAAUAGAUUCAUCUGGAAGUCUAACACUGUCAAGAGAGAGCGUAGAGCUUCUUCACAGCUACAAUAGAAUUGAACAAUCAGUGGCAAAAGUUUUCUUCAAGUGUUUUGUCUUAUCCAAAUUGAAAACAUUCCUGUGUGUAGGGAUGUCCAAGAGGGCUGAACGAGAGGAAUGGAAGCACCUGGUUCUUGGACAGGCCUGCUGCCAUUUGGGUAUGAUGGAAGAUGCAUUGCUCUUGCUUCAAAGUGGUAAAAGAGCUGCUUCUGCAGCCUUUAGACACAAAAGCAUAAGCAGAAGUGAAGAUUGUUUCUCUUCAGAGAUCAGUAUUUCUGAGUCUGACACUGUAACCCAAAUGCUUGGAAACAUCAAAACGUUGCUAAGAAGAAGAGCAGCUGGCCUGGCUGCACUAGAUGCUGGUCAUUACCUGGAGGCAGCAAGGCAUUUCUCUAAAAUUAUUGAUGGCAAAAAAGGAACUCCUCAGGGUUUCUUAGCAGAAUGCUAUGCGUAUCGUGCAGCUGCUUAUCAGUCAUCUGGACGAGUGGCAGAUGCAAUUGCUGAUUGCAACAGGACACUUGCGUUGGAUCCAACUUGUAUUGAAGCUAUAACUACUCGAAAAUCGCUUUACGAGUCAAUCAGAUGUUAUACUGAGACUUUGCAAGACCUAGAGCAUCUGAAGCUGCUUUACGAGUCCAUUCUUCGUCACCAGAAGCUGCCUGGACCUGUUUGGAAGCAGCGGUGCAUAAGAUACAGAGAUGCUGAAGGGAACUUGCAACACUUGAAUCGACGGAUCAACGACACAUUACAGAGACUGUUUAGCCCUUACACAGUUGAUUACUAUAAACUUCUCUCUUUGCAAAAGGGUUCUUGCACAAGGGCAGAUGUGGAAUGUGCUCAUCGUUUGCUCACCUUGAGACAUAAGCCUGAUAAGGCUUCUCAUUUUGUAGACCGGUGUGAGUUUGUAGAUGACCGUGACAUUGAUGCUGUCAAAGAUCAAGCUAAGAUAUCAGCUGCAAUGUUGUGUAGAUUGUUGCAAAAGGCACACACAUCAGUAAUGGCCUCUAUCAUGGAAGAGGAAGCAGAGAAAAAGAAGCUGAGAGAAGCUAAUGAUGUAAGAAGAAACAGCCAUUUGAAUGAUAGGUCCCAGCAGAUGCUUCAUGUUAACGAUAAUACACCUAGGAAUGGGAUAAGAAAUCCAAAUCAAGCCUACUGCUAUGUAGAAAGAGAAAUUCAUUCUGCUAUGCUUUCUUCUGAUCCCACAUUUGUUGAAUUUGGCUGUGAGGUUGAGCAAGCAUGUACAAGAACAUUUUCAGCUACAAAUUUGGGAUUUAGGAGUUCUUCUGAUGAGAUAGGUUGCAGCAUACAAGAUGGUGUUCAUAGGAUAAGUAUAUCAAGUGAAGCUACGGAAUUUGGAGCAUACAAUUCUGUUGAGGAGGAUACCAUUCAGCAAGAAUUUUUAGACAGUGGAGUCUUUCAAUCUGUCUCCUGCAGGGACAUGGCAGAUGUAGGAAACAUACUAUCACAUACUUUUCGUUCUGAUAGCUGGAUGAAGGUUCACCAGGGUCACAAUAUCACACCUCUUCAAGUCACUUGAUGUGGUUCAUUUAUGCAAUUCAUGUACAUUUUAUUUGAUGUGGUUCAACCUUAGCUAGCAGGGCAAUUGAAUGAAGGCUCUUCAUAUAGGCAGAGCGAGGAAUCUACUUGGAAGGAAAGCUGCUGCUGUAAAUUGCUACAGGAGCAAAAGUUAGUGCCAUGAGAAACCAUUUUUUUGUAGGCAUUUUCAUUCCAGACAUCUGCACAUUUUACCAAAUUAAAAUGGGUGUCCUGUACCAAUAGGUACAAGUAAAUGCCAUCAUGAUUCAAUGUUUGCUAUUUGCUUUCUAACUGCUGAGAAGAUGGCUCUACACUUUGCAAUGUUAAUGGGAUGGUCUUGGAGAAAUUGAUCUCAGCAGCAAGUUGUCAUAAGCAUUCCUUCUUUGCCUGAUGAUUUCUAGACCACAAAUUGUUGUUGGAAUUUUGUAGAACCAAUUUACAGAGAUCAAUGCAUCCCACUGACCUUUGAUGAGAAGCAGAUGAGAAGCUUUGAUGAGAAGCAUUUGCAUUGGGUCUACAUCAGCAUACAUUAUUAAUAUUAUUGAACUCAUCUCUAGGUUUAUCUAGUUUAUCAGUGUUGGAUGAGUAUGUGGUAAGAUACACCAUGUAGAGCUUCCAUUGCCUAUGUACUAUUGCUUGUGGCCUAUCUCAAAGCUGUUGAAAAUCUUCUUUGGAAGGUUAAACCUUUUUGUAAAGGGUCUGAUCUUGCUCUGCACAUGCUAAGACUAGUGCUAGACUCAUGAGAACUCGAGUGGCAGGGAUUGUUUGUAUAUGGCAUCAUUUUUCAAUCCAGUAUUUUGCUUGUGCAUUUUGACACAAGAAUUUUUGACUUUA